GAGCAAAUUGCACGCGAGAAACAAGUAAGUGGGCGUGCACAAUUACAAGUUUGGUAUAAUGCCGAUCGCAAUGAGUUGGUUGUCUCACUAAUGGCCGCCGAUGAUCUGGCUUUGCGCGAUGAGGCCUACGGACAUGGUAAUCUACCCGAGGCAUAUGCAAAAGUGCGUAUUUUACCCAAAUGCGGCGACGGCAGCGUGCAACAAACCGAAGUCAGUCAUCCGACACAAAAUCCCAUUUGGAAUGCAACGCUUACCUUUUCACACAUGAAUGCCGACAGCCUCAUGGAUCGCUACAUUGACAUACAGUUAUGGGAUCUAGUACCCCACACUGAGUCCAUAUUUCUGGGCGAAUGCAGUGUCGAACUGCAGCAGGCCUUUCUCGAUGAUCGUGCCAUCUGGUGUCGACUGGAGGAUCCGAAGGGGCUGCGCGGCAUCAGCAUGUCAAAAUCGCCGAGCGUCUCACCGCGCGGCUCCAUUGCCGCCGGCUGUCCGGGCGGUGAUGUAUCACGUCUACUACGACGCGAUUACAAUAUGCAACGUUCCAUAUCGGACGAUGUUGAUUCGAUCGGCGAUGGCACCACAUUGUUACAUCCCGAUCACGCCUGGGUGGCUGGCUCACGGCGUGGUUCAUCGCAGUCGGAGACGCUCGAGGUCGAGGUAUAUCAAUUGGGUAAAGAUUUUUCACGUUCUUUACCCGGUUCGCGGCGUUCUUCAUUUCAAGAUCCAGACAAAAUACGCGAAGAGGAUGCAAUGCAAGCGCCACCAGCUUCGUAUUAUGUCGGCAGACGUCGUUCUUCGGUGGCGCGUCGUGAUCCAGAUGAAAUAUUAAAAUCAUUGAAAGCUGUGCGUGGUGAACUCGGACGCGCAAUGAGUUUAGGGACGGAGCAACAAAAACGACCGGGAUCAAGACGCGCUAGUCGUGUGGGCUUGCCGAGCACUCCGAGCAGUCGCAAGGGCUCCAUACUUGACAUUGCGCAGCAGCAACAACAGCAACAGCUACAACAGCAGCAUCAACAACACUUGCAACAGCAACUGCCAGUGGGUAUCGGCAAUGCAGCGACCAGUCCACCCUCGGAUGACGAAGGCAAACAGUUUACGCCACGCUGGAAGGGUUCGGGCAGCAAUCUGCGUCCACAAAGCGCUAAGCAGGCGUUGUCAAUGCUGAAGCAAGCCUCCUCCGCCACGAAUGUAGCUAUGCAAGGGCAGAGUGGCGGUAGUUUGUUGGGUCUAGGCAACGAUAGCCCCAAACAGUUGCGAAAAGGUAGCAUGAUUAAUUUAAAGGCAAACGAAAAUACGCUCGGACCGACAGCGAUACUGCAGCGCAAAGGAAGCGUUUAUGCACACAGCGCAACGGAACGCGACACCCCUAGUGUCGGCAGUAGCGGUUCGCCGCAGCGGAAAGCCAGUGUUUAUGCUGGCGGUAGAGCAGGUGGCCACGUCGGUGAGUCGGCGCUGUUGCGCAAAAGUAGCAUGUAUAGUGUCAGCAGCAACGAAAGCCCGUCCAUGUUGCGCAAGCAGAGUAUCGCACCGCAACAUCUCAGUGCCAAGAACUUAAGUCACAGCAGUCAUGCAGACAGCAUGAGUAGUUUAACGUCAACGACUGCGACCACAGUCGCCACUGCGGGUAUUGAUACGGACUAUGGUCUAAAAAUGGGUCCAGGACAAAUACAUCCAAAAGGUUAUCGGCUGACAAUGGUGCGACAUGGCGAGCUGAAAAUGGCAUUUGCCAAAAUCAAAGGCACCGUCGAAGUGGAGGUGAUAUGCGCACGCAACAUUGUGCCCGAGGACUGUGAGACACCGCCGGAUACAUAUGUGAAAUGCUACAUCAAAGAUGGCGAUCGACUGCGGCACAAGAAGAAGACGCGCGUGGUGAGGCACUCGGCCGAACCCUACUACAAGCAGACGCUCAAGUAUCAGAGUGCGGACGUUUUCGGUCGCAACAUUGUCAUUAUGGUCUGGCAACGCUGUGUCGGUUUCGAACAUAACCAAGGUUUGGGCGGCACCGAAGUCAAUUUGGACAAAAUCAAUGCAGCACAACGCAUAGGCGGCUGGUAUCCACUCUUUCCGAUGCAUUCAUUAGGCGGCUCCGAUUCGGAUAAUUCUCCUUGACCGAUCACGCGCAAACACAUGCGAACCACACAAACAAAUACAAUGAACAAUAAAAUCGACACCACAAAUAUGAAUCAAAAUACAAUAAUUACAACAAAACGAGUUAUAACAAUUGCAACAAAAACACCAACAAAUCAACUACGCUAUAAUACUAUUUAUAAUAAUGAUUAUUGUAAUGAUGAUGCAAGUAAUUAUUACAAUAACGGUAUUGUAUGUAAUGAUUACGUUAAUGAUAAAGCAAAUAAUAAUUACAAUAAUGGUAAUGCAAGCAAUGAUUACGAUAAUGGUGAUGCAAGUAAUGAUUACAAUAAUGGUAAUGCAAGUAAUGAUUACAAUAAUGGUGAUGCCAGUAUUGAUUAUAAUAAUUUAUGCAGCGAAAAGGCUCAAUUACAAUUUACUACAUUUAAAUUGCAAUUUAUGGCAACUAUGGAAAUUUUCCAAUUACAACAAACUAUUAUGGCUAAGCAAAAACAAUUAAGAAUGGUUGUGGAACGGUUUGCGGAGGUCCCAAGGGCUUCUUAAAGGCUUGAAGAGUGAAUAUUAAAUUGUUUUUAAAAAAAUAUUAGUGAAUAUAGUAUAACCACAAUAAAAAUGCAUAUUUUAAUAAAAGAGCUUAUAGAAGAUUCUUCUAAAGAAUUUGUUGCAAAACAAAAACACCAUUACAAACACUCACACAUACAUACACAAUGGUAUAAUUACUUGUAUGCUCUUACUAUAGUUGGAAGAGGUGGUGAGGAAAUGUUAGUUACUAUUUACAAAGCAUUGAAUAAAAAAUGUUAAGUAGAGGAGAGAAGAGAAGGGAAAGUGAAAAGAUACAGCUUUUUAUAUACAUACAUACCCAACUACUUAUAUUAUAUAAUGCUGCUAUAAAAAUUUUUUCAAAAAUACAAGUACAAAUAUUUUGUUUUUAUAAUAUUAUUUCCGUUGCUAACACCAAAAAUAACAACAAAAUCAAAUUAACUACUCCACUAAUACAUAUAUAACCAGGCGAAUAGUCAGCUUUGGUUGCCUAAGGAAGUGUUUGUUGAAC